AUGGAAAUAACAGGAUGGAAGAAUCAAACAACUGUCAGAGAAUUUAUUUUGCUAGGAUUUGGGGAUUUCCUUAGACCACAUCUUCUUCUCUUCUUAGUAUUUUUCAGCAUCUAUCUGUUGACUUUGUCUGGGAAUCUUCUUAUGGUUGUACUCAUCAUAGCUAUUCAACAUCUUCAUACUCCCAUGUACUUCUUCUUAUGCAAUCUGUCUUGUCUGGAGAUCUGCUACAGUUCAACAAUCCUUCCAAGAAUGUUGGCUGACUUCUCAUCUGGCUUAAAAAAGAUUUCAUAUGGAGGCUGUUUCGUACAAUAUUUCAUGUUUGCAUGCCUAGCAGGGACUGAGUGUUAUCUCCUUUCUGUGAUGUCUUAUGAUAGGUAUUUAGCUAUUUGUAAGCCACUACAUUAUGCAGCUCUUAUGAAUGGCAGGCUUUGUAUGAAGCUGUCUGCUGGAUCUUGGUUAUGUGGGCUUUUGGUCAGCACCAUUACAACCAUUUCAAUGUCAUGGUUAACUUUCUGUGGCUUUAAUGAAAUUGAUCAUUACAUAUGUGACUUAAGACCUAUGCUCAAACUCUCCUGCAGUGACACUUAUUGGGCAGAAGUGACAGUGUUCAUAUUUGCCAGCACUUUCACAUUGCCUCCUUUCCUUCUCACCACAACUUCCUAUGUUUAUAUCAUAAUCACAAUCUUAAGAAUCCCAUCCACAGUUGGAAGGAAGAAAGCGUUUUCCACCUGCUCCUCCCAUCUUUCAGUGGUUGCUCUUUUCUAUGGGACUCUCAUGGUUGUCUACAUGCUACCCCAAUUUGGCAUUUCGAGGAACCUCAACAAAAUAUUUUCUAUAUUCUACACAAUCUUAACUCCCAUGGUGAAUCCCCUCUUAUAUAGCCUGAGAAACAAAGAUGUAAAGGAAGCCUUAGGAAAAAUCCUUUGGAAAUGUCCAUUUUAUGUAAUGUCUUUGAGAAUUCAGCUUGGAAAUGUAUGUCAGUAUAGUCAAUAA